AUGCCUCCAUCCAACGCCUCGUUAUACGAUAUGGUUUCACACGCACCCAACGCGCCAUUCCACCAUCCUGACUCCAACGGUUGGGAAAUCUUCGACAACGCCAACCCAAUAGAUCUGUUCUAUAAUGACUUGACUGUGGAAGUUACUACACCUUGGGUGGCCAAACUGAGAAGACAGUCGUAUGCCACGUUCACAGAGAGGGAGAAUGCCUAUUCAGGAUGGUUAGACGUUCCCGUCUGGUACCUUCUUUGCACGCGCGAUCAAGCGAUCCCAAUCCUGGCACAGGAGGCCAUGGUUGCGGCGGCCAAGGAGGCGGGUGCUUCAGUCGAGACCCAAUAUCUUGAUUCCGGCCAUGUCCCAUUUUUGGACAAGGCAGAUGAGACCCCGGACUUCAUUCAACGUGCGUUGGAGAGCUUCCGGUAG